CUUCGACUUGGGAUGCUUCACUCCAGGUUUCCUCCCGUGUCCUUUGUACUUGUGAUCGACAACUUUCCAUUGCCUCGAUAUAUCAUUGAUUAGCUACUUAUCCAUCGAGAUUUCUCUUCUCGUUCUUUCUUAAUGGCUUCCGCCCUCCCCACGUCUCUCAAUCACUUCGCACCCAUACAGACCUCUCACUCAGACCCUUUUGCCAAUAUCGCCAUGAGCCUUGCCAAUCUGUCUGAUUCCAUCAACAUGUCCGGGGCAAGACCGCUUGGAGAGCGAAGCGCGAAUAUACUAGCCAAAAGUGGUGCCAAGAAUAUAGAUGAUAAGCCAAAGAGUGGAAAGAAACGCAAGAGUGGUGAACCCGCCAUCAACCCCGACGACAUUGAGCUCCCAGAUCUUAUGCUCAUUGAAUGGACUCCAAACCAAAUCCGCUCCAAGAUUCGCCAGUUCGUCAACAGUGGUGAAAUGAAGGUUGGUGAAUUUCAAGACAAAAUCCAGGUUUCUGGCAACUCGUACUCUCGUUUCAUGGGCCAGAAUGGGCAGAAGGGUGCAGAAAGCGACACGUACACCGGAGCCCACGACUUCUUCAAACGCCGCGAACUCGCCGGCCUGAAGAUGCCGCGCCAGAAGAAAGCCAAAACCGACACCACCAACAAAAGCAAGAGUACCGACGAGUCCACCGGCACCAAGGGCAAGAACGACGACAAGACCGACGAGAAGAAGAGCAAAAACAAAACCAAGAAAGAAGAACAAGCCGAGAUCGAGGCGCGCAACGACGUCUCCGGAUUCCAUCUUCCAGGCGAAGAAAACGACAGCGUCGAAGUCUACGACACCUGCGAUGACAUCCGCACCAAGAUCAACAAGUACCUCCGCGACACUCCAUACGCCACCAAUGCCAGCUUCGUCCGCGAAGUCAAUCGCGCCCUUGGCGAGGACAGUUCGCGCCACACCGCGGCCCAGGGACUUACACGGUUCUUGAACAACAAAGGGGCGAUCAAGGGCUCUGAAUCCACGGCAUUUUACGGCGCGUAUGUGUUCUUCGAGAAGCUGCGCAUCAAGCAGGGGAAGCCCAAGAGUAAGAAGCGUGUCGAGAUGGAAGAUGUGUGGGGCCGUAAAGGCGGGAUGGAACUCAGGGAUCAGAGUCGGGGGAUCUGGGCGCCGGCGACGGCGAAUGUGAGUGUUGAUAAGUACGGAUGUUACAAGAUUGAGAGGCGGUUUUAGGUGCACAUCCCUAGCCUGGUGGACUCGUGGACCUGGCUUGACGGAGAUCAGGGGAUAUACGCAUGGUGAGGACUGUGUCCUAUGUAACAACAUCACUUUUCUUGUUUCAUUAUGUAACGCGGGCUGUAUAUGGAUAUAGGCCGGUUAAAUGUACU